AUGGGGAUACCAAGCCAAAGGCUCUCCCAGCUAGCCGCUGACGGGCUAAUGUUAAUGGUCUAUCUAUCAAUGAGUAGUGCCCUGGCAGCCUUUAUUAUUCUUAUAGACUUAAGGGGAAUUAUACCACGGUCAAUUGUCUACUAUAGUCUUGGUAUUUGUUUUCCCUCUUUUGCACUUGUUGGCGCGGGCUAUAUUCAAGUUUGUGCCUUCCGGGAGGAGACCGAGAAACCUUCAUUAACACAACUCUCUCUGACCUUAUUUUUGGCUUUAUUUCACUUUAUCGGGGCGUGGAUAGUAUUUGGCCUACUACUUACUUCACACUUCUGGCCUACCGAUACAUUGACCCCAAGCAGGAUCUGGUUCCUUUGGGGGCAAGCAUAUACGUGGUCCACUGUUAUCAUUAAUUUGCUAAGGGAGCAUUUCAGGACCCAGGAGCAAAAGAAGAAGAAGAAGGCUUUGCGUGAGGCCAAGGAGAAAGCUUUGCGUGAGGCCGAGAAGAAGGAUCAACACGAGGCUGAGAAGCCAGGUGAGAAUGGCUCAAUUGCAGAGCCGGUAUCGGGUUCAUGUAAGUCGCCUUUAAAUCUUUGA